GGCUGCGCCUCUCGCUCUCCCCCGCGCCCCCUCCUUAAGAUGGAGGCGCGGCACCUCCUCGCCUUGCUGCCGGCAAGGAAACACCUCCCUCCCCCCAGUCUCUCUUGGGAUGGAGCCGGACCAACCCUUCGGUGGCAGGAGAGCCACCUCCCACCCCUCCUCUGCCAUGCCCGGGGGCUGCUGCCGCUGCCCACAGUGCUUGAUGGACACAGGAGGGAACUAAACAAUAUUAGAGGAAACCAACAUUAAGACAUAGAGUUUCGACACAACUGGAAUAGCAGGUUGUCACUGCCUCCCUGGUGGCAGCAUGGCAUUCGGACCUGGUGUUCUCUGCCUGUUCCUGUGGGCAGUAACAGGUUCCAGUUGUGAGCAGUGCAGAGAAGGAGCCACGUACUCAGGUGCAGUAAUAUCUCCCAACUUAGAAACCACUAAAAUUAUGCGAGUUCCUCACGCCAUGUCAGUGUCCGACUGCAUCGCAGCGUGUUGUGACCUCUCUGGUUGUGACUUGUCCUGGAUGUUUGAGCAGCGUUGUUACAUCGUGAACUGCCAACACGAAGAGAAUUGUAAACCUAAAAAAAUUGAAACUGUGAAGUCCUAUCUUACUUUUGUGCUGAGGCCUUCUGAGAGGCCAGCCUCGCUGCUAGGACUUGGGCAAGUGAUCCCAAGCAUGGUCCACUCUGUGAGACACCAGAAUGAGCCGUCUGAGGAAUUGAGUAGCCUGAAGAAGUUGUCUCUGCUUGGCAAAGAUCCCAGCCUUGAGGAGAUGCCUGAAUACAUCGAUGAUUAUAAAGAGUUGGAGGAGGACCCAUUUCAGGUGGGCAUCAAACGUGAGCAGAAGGAGAGCACAGAUUAUGCUGACUGGGGCCUGAUGGUGGCAGAUGAAAACGGCUUCAACACUUCCACGGGUGAUGACGGAGAUAAUCAGGAAGACUUUGCUGAAAAGAAAGGGGAGGCUGUGAAGGUGGAAAGCCUUCUGAAUAAAAACAUGUCUGAAUUGAACUCUGUCGCUGAACACUCCAUAGGCGGGUUGUCAUCCCUCCUGGAAAUUACACCAUUCCCUGGGAAGACAUUCGAAAGGGAAGCAGCUGUUCAACUUCUUGCACAACCUGAUGAUGCUUUGCAAAAAGAGGCUGCUACACCUUCCUCUUCUUCAGAUAAAUUGGAUUUCUUCCCAGGUGUGUCAGAGAAGACCCAGAUUCUGUCCACAGUGUCCCCAGAGAACAUCACUGAAGGUGGGAUCACGCUACUUCCCACUAGUACUGUGCCAUCUGAGCCCGUGCAGCAGUUCACACCACCCGCUACUGCUGCUGAAGCAGAUACAGUAAAAGAACUUAUUGUGUCUGCUGGAGAUAACGUACAAGUGAUGCUACCCAAAAAUGAGGUUGAACUGAAUGCCUUUGCCGUCCCACCACCAUCUACAGAAACAGCCUACACCUAUGAGUGGAGCUUAAUCAGCCACCCUGCUGACUACGGUGGUGAAAUGGAGCACAGGCACAGCCAGACUUUGAAGCUCUCUCACUUAUCAGUUGGACUUUAUGCCUUCAAAGUGACAGUUUCUGGUGAAAAUGCCUUUGGUGAAGGUUUUGUAAAUGUCACAGUCAAUCCAGCCCUCAGAGUUAACCAGCCACCUGUUGCUGUUGCUUCCCCCAGAGUACAAGAAGUUUCCUUGCCUACAACUUCCACCUUCAUCGAUGGCAGUCAAAGUAUAGAUGAUAUGAAGAUAGUGAGUUACCACUGGGAGGAAAUUAAAGGUCCCUUGCGCGAGCAGAAGGCAUCUGCUGACACGCCUGUCUUGCACUUGUCUAACCUUGUUCCUGGAAACUACACUUUCAGACUCACGGUGAUUGAUUCAGAUGGAGCAGCGAACUCCACCAUUGCUUUUCUGACUGUCAACAAACCAGUGGAUUACCCACCCAUUGCUAACGCAGGACCUAAUCAGGCAGUCACCUUGCCCCAGAACUUCAUCACGCUGAAUGGGAACCAGAGCAGUGACGACCACGAAAUUGUCAGCUACGAGUGGUCACUCAGUCCCAAAAGCAAAGGCAAGGUUGUAGCAAUGCAGGGAGUGCGGACGCCGUACCUCCAGUUAUCUGCAAUGCAGGAAGGAGAUUACACGUUCCAGCUGACUGUCACAGACUCUGCGAGGCAGCGGUCCACGGCUGAGGUCACACUGAUUGUGCAGCCAGAAAAUAACAGUCCUCCAGUAGCAGUGGCUGGCCCUGACAAAGAAUUGACCUUCCCAGUAGAAAGUGCUACACUGGAUGGAAGCAAAAGUCAAGAUGACCAAGGCAUUGUCUUCUAUCAUUGGGAAAAUAUCAGUGGACCAAGCUCUGUCCAGAUGGAAAAUGAUGACAAAGCAAUAGCGACUGUGACUGGUCUUCAAGUUGGUACCUAUCGCUUCAGGCUGACCGUGAGAGACCAACAGGGCUUAAGCAGCGCAUCUGUGCUGUCUAUAACCGUGAAGGAAGAAAACAACAGUCCACCCCGGGCGCGUGCCGGUGGGAAACAUGUUCUCGUGCUUCCAAAUAACUCUGUUACCUUGGAUGGCUCAAGGUCUGCUGAUGACCAGGGAAUUGUGUCAUAUCUGUGGAUUCGGGAUGGUCAGAGCCCAGCAGCUGGGGAUGUGAUCCAUGGCUCAGACCACGAGGCAGUACUGCAGCUAACUAAUCUGGUGGAAGGAACCUACACUUUCCAUCUGAAAGUGACGGAUGCUAAAGGGGACUCAGAUGUUGAUUCAGCAACUGUUGAAGUGCGGCCUGGUAUGACAAUUAAAAGGUCCUCGAUACGUUGUGAAUACCACAUCUUUGUUACUCCUUUUCACUUAUUAUUUAGAUGUUG